CAGGUUUUGUGUUUCAUCCGCGAGGAAUCAGUUCCAAUGGCACAACUCAUGGCACUCUUUCUGCUGGGAACUCUCCAUUGUUCUUCGGGAAUCGUCAUAACAGUGGACAGAACUACCCUAGACCCGAUAGAGAUCGAGCGAUGUCGGAGCAGCAUCGCCGCUGUGCCACAACUGAACCUGACCCGCCAUCACACGUCCCGGCCUCACUACAUCGUCCCUGGGGUUGCGGAAAGCACGAUCGAGAGGCCAGACCUUCUCGAACGCUCUCCCACCUCCUCGGAAGCUACGUCUAAAAAGUCAUACCUGUCCUCCACGCCCUUGCACGAGAAGCCCAAAGUCGCCACGCUGCCCGAGGAGCCAGGCCUGAUAUCUUCAGCGGGGAAUCCGUUGAUCUCAGUUCUAACGCCGCUGCUGACGACGCCUUCAACGGUGCUGCUGACUUCCCCUUCGUCCAUUGAACCCCUCACGCCCACGUGGUAUAUCACAAGCCCACCGCCCACUCCCCUUACAGUGCACGCGUCUACAGAAUCAGCCGUAAGCGUAAAUAUACAAUAUCUUGAUUAUACAACCAAACCGUAUGAGCCAAACAAACCUACGCUGCUUACAAGACAAACGGACAAAGAAAACUUACCCACUCAUCUUGCCCUAGAGAAACCCAAGCAGCUAGAGAAAAGACUAUCUACAAAACCUACUUUCCUUUCGAAAUUGAGCUCGCAGACUUCCACAGAUCCACCGACUCAACCUGCACACCUCAUCACAAACGCAACCGAGCGAGCUACCAACCACGCAUCGCCUCUGCCACUCAUACACAUAACAGCAACCACGCAACCCGCCUUUUUAUAUUCUACGAUCCCCGCUGCAAGGGGACAUAGGUCAGUGAAGCCUGCUGCAGUACGGCCGGCUCUGCAGGAGAUGGAGAAGGAGCUGAGCGACUUGCUGAGGGAGCAGAUAGCGCUUCUGCUGACAGAUGACAUUGCUGAGACCCUUUAUAAGUCAUACCGGGCCCGCCUCCAGUUCGCCAACCAUGAGAUGGUGGACAAACUCCUUCAGCAGGAAUCCCUCACACCGAGCUACCUUCCCGGGGAAUGUCCUAUGCGGUAUUACGAGCGUAGAAACAAUCUGCUGAAGAGGGUGGUGGGCCUCCUCCUGCUGGCCCUUCCGCAGUCCCUUCAGGAGCUGGAGGAGGCAGCCUGGGAUGACGACUUGGAAAAUAAUUUCUUCAGGCCCGGAGAAAAGAACAUCCUGGACGUCCCAGAAUGCAGAGAGUGCUACACGAAGGACAGUCUUGGAAAUUGUCGAGAGAUUUUCUUCUGCAAAGCCGGCUCCUCUGCUGACGUCAGGACUGGCUUGUCUCCUGAGGACUUGAAGCGGCUUCUGGCUCUUGGUUGAGUCUGUGUGUGUGUGCUUGUAUGACUGUGUGCGAGAGAAAGAAAGAUAUAUAUAUAU